AUGCACAGCCCAGUCAUGAUCUGCUUUGUUUUAGGGUGUUUCUUAGGGCUCGCCCAAGUGAGAGGUGAGGAAGGCUGUCUCAACACUGAACUCUGUUCAGGUACAGAGUGGGACCGUUUGUGGUACAUCUGGCUGGUGGUGGUGAUCGGUGGGCUGCUGCUCCUGUGUGGCCUGGUUUCCAUCUGCGUAAAAUGCUGUUUUCAUUGCCAUCAGACAGGGGAGGAAUCAGGUCCUCAGCCCUACGAGGUCACCGUCAUUGCUUUUGACCAUGACAGCACCCUCCAGAGCACCAUUACCUCUCUCCAUUCCGUGUUUGGGCCUGCUGCCAGGAGGAUAUUAGCAGUGGCACACUCCCAUAACGCUGCGCAGGGAACACCACCCCUCUCAGCAUCAGACACUCCUCCAGUCUAUGAAGAAGCUCUGCACAUGAGCAGAUUCACAGUCGCCAAAGCAGGGCAGAAAGUGCCAGACCUGGAUCCAGUGCCGGAGGAAAAACUGCACGCUUCUGCCGAGGGCAAGGAUGCCCAGCCAGCCCUCCCAGGACACUAG